GUGAACAUGUGUGUGUGCAUUUGCAGCUACAUUCUUCACAGCAUCCAGAGAGACCUUCCCCACGUCCAGAUAGACCAGUACUAUCUUGAAGGGUUCAGAAGUGGCUCUCAGCAUGCAGGGUUUGUCAAUAUCAUUCGACCGCGUGGUAUGACAGUUCAUGCCGAGUGCUUUAUCCCCGAAUCUGUUCUUGCCGAUGUUCUGAAGGUGAGUUCAGAAAAGUUGCUUGCGGCGAGGCGUCAAUUUCAAGAAGGUGAAGCCAACGCUGGUUGUCCACUGGUGCAGAUGAACACGAGCAACGCCCUUGCAAGUUUGUUUGUAGCUACCGGGCAAAACACGGGAAAGGUGGUAGAGUUCAUCUCCAACAAUACUCUCGUGGAGACAGCAACAAGUAGUGACAUUGCUGCGUAUCAAGAGCAACUGAAAUCGGACCAUUCCCUCUACCUGCCCGAAUACGGCUCAGAUAAAGUUGAAUUCCGGAUACAAGACAGUGGUGAUGGAGUAGAGGAAGCAGGUAUCUAUGCUGGUGUCACAAUGCCUUCUCUAGAAUUGCGCACGACAGAGAAAGGCUCUCUACUGCCAACUCAAAGAGAAUGUCUGCAGCUGAUGCACUGCACAGGAACUGAUGGUAGAUAUCGACUUGCUGAAAUACUUGCUGGAUCAAUGCUGGGACUUGAACUGUCAACAUUAGCAGCAGUUGCCAGUGGACAGUUUGCCUCUGCACAUGAUAAGCUUGGUCGGAAUCGCAAUGAUCUUGGCUUCAGGAAGUCGCACCUAACUGAAGAGUUCUUCCGUGAAGCUGUAUCAGAUCUGGGAGAACUCAUUGAAGUCAAGCAGACAACUGUGGAUUCCCGUACUAGCAUUCUGUCCGACAUGACCAAAUCACAGCUGAACAAGAUUGUUGGACAUAUUGCAUUCGAUAUCUCCGUUCAGAACAAUGGUGGUGAAACAAGAACCAUUCCAAUGGUGAUGAAGUCGAAGUCCACAGACCGUGAGACAUGCAAUGUCCUGAAUCGUCUUGCUCAAGCUUGUGGUCUGGAGCUUGCUCAACAGUAUGAAUCAUUCAAGAUGGACCUUGGUUUUCGGAACUGCCACAUCCGUGAGCUGGAAAUGCUCCGGAUCACCGAUCCUCGUUUCACAAGGAUUUCACCAAAGACGUUCUACAUCAAGCAGACUACUGAGAAGGUACUAGCGUAUUUUUCCUGUUGUAAGUUUUCCGGUUGUAAGUCGACCUUUUACGACUAAAAUAGAAGGAGAAAG